AUGUUGAUCAAGCCUUUUCUUGUCGCUGUGCUCGCCAAGCUUGUCUUGGCAGACUCGUCUUCGCAAAAAUGCUCCUUCUCCACAACUGUCACUGAUGCUUCUGGUGUCCAGGCUUUGAACGCCUGUCCUACCUUGGAUGGCACUAUCGAGAUCUCCGGUGACGGGAUCGAUGCCAACUUGGACUUGAGCUCUGUCGGUACCAUCAAAGGAGAUCUUGACAUUUUCAACUCAUCGUCCGUUGCCGCCAUUAACUUGGCUGGUUUGUCCAACAUCACCGGAUCCUUGUCGCUCGAUGCAUUGACACAAUUGCACAACGUCGACUUCAGCAAAUUGUCGCUGGCCAAACAAUUGCUGUUUGUUUCUUUGCCAUCUUUGGCUCUUUUGAACUUGAACUCGGGCUUAGCCAAUGUCUCGUCGCUUACAUUGUCCGACACGGCUUUGUCCAGCAUUGACAACUUGCUUGCUUUCAAAGAAAUCGAUCUUUUGAACGUCAACAAUAAUAAGAACAUCACUUCCAUCGAUUUGCUGAGCUUGCACACUGUUUCUGACUCGUUGGUUUUGUCUUUCAACAGUGACAAUGCGACUGUUAAGUUGGACAGCUUGGUAUGGGCUGCGAACUUGACCAUCCAGGAUGUUGGUGAAAUCUCUAUUGCCAAUUUGCAAUCUGUCAACAGCUCGUUCCUUUUGGCGUACAACAGCUUUGACUCUGCCGACUUCGACAGUUUGACUUCCGUUGGCUCGUCAUUGCUGGUUUAUGCUAACGACAACUUGGAAAGUUUGUCUUUCAACAACUUGACUGAAAUCAACGGCGAGUUCCGUAUGUUGAACAACUCUUUGUUGGAGGAAAUCCACCUUGACAACUUGGAGACUGUGUCGGGAGCCGUUUCUAUGUCCGGUGACUUUGGUAACUUUUCCUUGCCAAAAUUGAAGGAAGUUGAUGGUGACUUCUCCAUUACGUCCACAUCCGAGGAUUUCUCCUGUGAUGCAUUCGACAAGUUGCACUCGAACAAGAAGAUCAAGGGCCACAACUACAACUGUUCUCACCCAAAGAGCUUGCUGUCUUCCUCGGCAGAGUCCUCGGCUACUGGAGGUAGCAAGAACUCGAGCUCCUCGUCUUCUUCUUCUUCAUCCUCAAAGUCUUCUUCAUCCUCUUCCUCCUCAUCCUCCUCCAAGAAGUCCGGUGCUUCAUACUUGGCUCCAGGUAUGAUUCUUUCUUCUCUUGUGGGUGCAGGCAUGGCUCUUUUGAUCUAG